UUUCACCAAUGAAACACACAAAUGCACCUCACCUUAAUAAAGUUUUGUCAUGCUGACAUGAUUUGACCAGGGAGAUAAGUUCUUUAAAAUUAUUCACACAUUUGAACCUUAAAAAUAUUACACAGCGCCAUUUAGAUUGGGAAUAAUUAGCACUGUGAUAAUUAACCCGUGAGAAAACCAACUCCAGUCUCCCCAUUUGGCAUGUCAGGCCCCAGAUAUUAUGUCAGGCCCCAGAUAGCAUGGUAGCAUGUAAUAAAACAUGGAAAGAAAUCUAUACAAUUACAGGAAAUUAGCAUUCAAAUUGAACAAAUUUUCUCUCAGCAUCAUGGUAAAAUAUGUAGAAUAGCAGGAAAUUAGCUGUUAAUAAAAAAUCUCUCUGCCCCAUGGCAUGUAUGUAAAUGCAUGACAAUAGCUAUACAACUAUACAUUUUUGUCUUUGCCCUAUGGCAAAAUGUGUAAAUUGCAGGAAGCUAGCCUUUUUACAAACAAAAAAAAUGAAGGUUUUUGUAAAAAAAAAUAUAUGAUUAUUAUUUUUGGUUGGGGGGAGCUGGCUUGCUCGGACCUUGGGGUGCGCGAAAAAGUACGCCACUGACCCCGCACAGUAAAAUCUCAGUGUCAGACAGCCUAGCUGGCAGCAAAUUGGGCUGGAUAGAUAACAGCACAUGUCAUAUUCUAUUUCUAAUUGUCCACAAAACACAAUCACAUUCAAUUUGUGAAUGAAUAAGAGUACAUAUUUUUUUGCAAGGUCAAUCUCGUGACGCACAGCAACUCUAGCGGCUCCAGCCUACAGUUGGAACAGUUUAAGACGCGAAUGACUUAAACAUAACGAGGAGAAACUAGUCCAUGUCCUGUUUUUGAACAGAUCAGAUUAAUUAAAGCCUACUUUAUGUCGAUUUAUAGUUUAAGGGGGCGUCCAGUAUUUUAUUAAUCAACCUGGUAGAUGACAGACUACAAUAAACGAUUACUCCAAGGACAACGCAAACAUUCACAUUAGUACCAUAUAAUAAAAUGACGCAAUUAACCUAAUUACAGAAAAGCAAUGCCUAGUACUAAUAUAUUAGUAUCCAGGCCUCGUUUGUACUCUGGGGAACCUGCGUCUCUGUAUUGUGUCUGUUGGUCCUAUACAGCAUGAUACCCGUGGCCGUCAACAAACAAACCAAUACACGCACAUAGCCUCUUUCCAGAUCAGCCUACACUGUGCUACAGUAGCCAUACUGUCAAUCUCACGUACAACAGUCACGUUUGGCACGUAGGCCUUUAUGAGGAGGUUCUUAAUAUGUUUAGUUUAGGGGGUUGGAGAGGACGGGCCAGUCCAUGUUGUGUGUACUAACAACCCAUUCAUUCGUGCCUUCCUGUACUUAUCCGGGUAUUUGAGGGCAACAUCAUUUACAGUUUAAAUGUUUUCGUUUGCGCCUGUUUGUUUGAUGGCAUAAGAACGCAAAUACCUACUACAUUUAUGUCUUCAUUUAGCUACACUUUGUCUUAUUCCUGGCAUAUGACCGUUAUUUUGGCUAUUUGUAUUACCUCUAUGUUUAAUACUUUCUAAUUAAGAGGUGCAACACGCCAACUAAAGCCGUCCCAACGUGCUCAAAACCAGUAGCAUUGACACAGGCAAGCGAUUCCAUUUUGAAUGGAUUUGAUCGCAUCUACUUGUUGACCUUGGGCGACAUCUAGCGGACAAGGGAAUGUUGGCAGCUCAGGGGUGGCAGUGUCUGGUUGACACCACUGAUGUAUAAGAAUCCACGCUCUCAAAGUCAGCGCGCUGUGUAAGUCACGUGUGUAGCGCAUCAGCCAAAUUAGAUCUGCUCACCUCGAGUCCUCUCUCGCCUCCUUUUGAAAAAUCUCCACGUUAAUCGAGGAGAGCUAGCGAGGAGUGAUCAUGGAUGGAAAUGCACUUUCUUGAAAUGAAACCAUCCUCACCACUGGCGCGUCAUCAGGCAAAUGACGUUCAGUGGUGGACCCAAAAUAAAUGUGGAAUGUGAUCCAAAAAAUGUAAGUUAGUUGUGCAAGACAUUUUAUAGAUAAAACAAUAAGUAACAUAUUGUUUUUAAACAUGUGCAUGAUUUUCUCCUCUGACAAUACAAAAGCUAAUUCAAAGGGGGUGUGUCAGAUUUCAAAACUCUUCCGCAGUAGGAUACACUUCUGUCACAGAUUGUGUCGAACAAUGAACAUUAUGGUUCACCGGAUGUACAAAUCUGAAGCAUUCGGGUUGGCGUUUCCACUCGAGAACACCGAGCAGCGAUUGGAGGCUUUGUUGUAGGCACGUUAUUGGGGACAUGAGCAGAACCCCGGAAGGGUAAAAAUGGAGUCCCUAGAGAAAGCAAGUACAAGAUGGGUGUCAGGGAUGGAGCAGCAGUAUUAUCGUGAGGAGACAUGAGGCGAAAGAGGACGAAGAAGAGAGGAUGCAGGAGACCAUCACCACAAACACCCAGACACUCUCUCCUGUGUGGAUUUCCUUUCCUCCUCCCGGGAUGAUGCCCGUUCCUGCACCUCAUCCUUGCACCAUCUCUAAGAGGACCUCUCCUCGUGCUCCUGCUCUCCUCGUGCUCCUGCUCCUCCUGCUUCCAGCUGGGCCUGGCUGGAGUGUCAGGCUGGAGGCUGGAGCUGGGAGUGGACCAGAGGCUGGUACAGUUACCAGGACCAGGGUUGGAGCUGGCUCUAGAGUCAGGGCUGGGUUGGAGACUGCGGAUGAGGCCGUGGCUGAAGUUAGAGCUGGUGCUACCAUCCUGUCCGUCAGCAGUGAAGGGCAGUGGGAGCCCCGGAGCUCCUCCCGCUGUGUGCCCAUCCCGGCGGGCAUGGCCCUCUGCCAGAACAUCGGCUACGCCACCAUGAGGAUGCCCAACCUGCUGGGGCACGAGUCGCCAGGCGAGGCCGUCCAGCAGAGUGCCAGCUGGCUGCCCCUGCUCGCCCGGGAGUGCCACCCUGAUGCCCGCAUCUUCCUCUGCUCGCUGUUCACACCCAUCUGUCUGGACAGGUUCGUCUCUCCGUGUCAGAGUCUGUGUGAGUCAGUGCGGGACAGCUGCGCGCCCAUCAUGGGUUGCUAUGGUUACCCCUGGCCAGAUAUCCUUCGUUGUGACCAGUUUCCUGCCAACCACCUCAUGUGUAUCUCCUCUGUCACAAACACCAGCACAGGAGGGCGUAGAGCAGUGCCCCAGGCUAGCUGUCGAGACUGUGAACUGGAGGAGGCCUCGUCUGCCAAGGACGUGCUGGAAACUUUCUGUAGGAGUGACUUUGUGGUGAAAUUGCGUCUCACGCAGCUAAAAUCCAGUCAGGUGAGUUUGGCCCAGUUCUCCCUGGCCUCUCGUCUGCAGGUUCUGAAGCACGGGCCUCUCCUGGGAGGACAGAUCCGCUCCCGCCUGCAGCUGUGGCUGGAGAGAGACGCCAGCUGUGUACGGAACAUGACGCGGCGUCAGCCCCAAGGCGGGACCUUCCUGGUGACGGGCACAGUGCAGGGGGAAUGGCUGGUGGUCAACAAGGCCUUUGCCUGGAACAAACACGCCAGGAACCUGAUGGCUGCUGCCCGCAAGUGGAAACAGCACCGAUGUAGAGGCUAGCAGGGGCUCUGGCUAGGAGCUAAACUUGAGGUCUGAAAUGGAUCUGAGCAGAGCUAUAGGCCUAGGUGUACAGAGUCAGGGAUGUGAUUAAAACACCAUAUGACAUCAGCAGAGAGAGAGGAGGUUGUUUGGGGGAGGGUACAUCUCUAUGAUAGACUUCCUGGAUUUGAAUCACAUCCUUGGAUAGCUGGAUGUUUCAGAGAGCACCAUCCUGAGCUCAGGAGAGGACGCUGCAAAGAACAAUUCCUUCUGUGUUUCCUGCAAAUGUACAUAUCUAUAAAUUAUAAGUAAAUAUCACUGAUCUAUAUUUGUAAGAGGUUGACUGGAAUUAAAUUAGUGUUUUCAAAGUG